ACCUCCUCCCGCUCCCUGCUGCUUCUUGGAGAUCAAUCAGGCAAAGACGCUGCCUCACCUGCGCUUUUGGGUUGGACACUCAUUCAUGUGUGUUGAGCUUCGCGUUGCGCAGCAUUCCCCAGGAUCUGAAAUAGGCUAUGAAAUAUUCAAGGGAUAAUCAGCUCGAUCAUUGAUGCCACUCUGCUCGAGGUGUUUGCAAAUCCGUGUUGACCAGAGGAUAGUGCACAGGAGGAACUGCAGGUGGAUUGUCACGCCCAGCUUGUUGAGCAGGUAGAGCUGCUUACGAGCAGUGCCACUUACACCUGUAGCCAGGAGCUGGGCGAGAGAUACCGGGAAUGAAGAACGACUGAUCGACUGCUGCCGUCUCCACCAGUUGGCCUCCUCCUUGAUCUCAGUCACGAUGAAGUUCGCAGUUGGUUUAUUCGGCCUCAGUGUGGUCGUGAUGGUUUUCAUGAUUUUCCAGGCCCUGCGCCAGGAGUUCAUCCUGCGUAAUUUGAAAACGCGCAUGGCGGAGAACACGGCGGAUGUCAAGAGAAAGGAGCAAACCAUCGUCGAAGUGAAAAACAAAAUCAAGGAGAUGAAGACGACUCUGGAAACCGUGAGCGGACAGAUAGAAGAGCUGAGCAAGAAGAAGGCGGGCUUGGAAAAAUCAACAAAAGACUUUGAUAAAGAUCUGCAUAGCUGUAACGACGAAAAGGCAGAUGCUGAGAGGAGGAACGUGGAUGUUGCACAGGCAAUGGAUAAACUGAAAACUAAACAUGAAGAAAGUGCAGCAAUAGCCAAGAAGGAGAUUCAGAGCUUGAAACAGCAGAUUUUGGAUCGAGACAAAGCUAUCUGUGCCUUUGCAGAUACAACUAAGGAGGAAGCACGGAAGCUGUGUGACAUCCCUGAAGCUCCAAAAUAAAAGUCAGCUCAGACACAUUCAACAUUGAUUGUGAGCUUUUUUUAAAAAAAAAAAACAAAAAAAACAAAAAAACAAAAAACCCCCAAAAACAAAGAAGAAGAAUUCCAUACGAAAAACAAUAUGUUUUAUAACAAUUAUGAUGUAGCUAUUAUAAGAAAGUAAAAACCAUGCUGUUUAAC